CCCAAAAUUUUCUCAAAGAAAGAAAAAAAAAAUCAGAAAUUUUAUAUAAUUGGGAGUACCGUUCCUGUACCGGGAACUCAAAGAGUUUAGCCUCUGAGGCUUAAUUCUCAGUAAAAUCAUUCUGCACUAAUCCCGGAAGUAAUGGCCAAACCUUCCAUGCCUUUGAUCAAACUCAAUACCUCCGCCACCGUUCUUGCCUCCAUCAAGCAAGAACCACUUACAUCGCCGUCGUUCCCACCACACCCGGUGCCAAUUCCACAGCCGUUAGCGGUUGUCAAAACUGAACCUGAACAGCCCGAACAACAGCAACCACCGCCACCGCCACCGACACAACCACAGCAACAGCAACCACAAAAAGAAGAACAACAACAACGACGAGAACCCCAAUUCUUAAAAUCCAUCACCGACCUCUUAUCCCUCUCCUCCGCCAUCAACGCUUUUAAAUGCAGAUUCGACGAAUUAACGAAACACCUCGAUUUCAUCAACCAAGCCAUCGAUUCCAAAUUCAAUGAACCGCAACAAGAACAACAACGACCACAAAUUGAAACCGAUACCCCUUCCAAAUCAACGGAAAAUGAUAGUAAAACGGAAAAAAAAGGACCCGAGACGGCUUCUCUUCCGAAAGCCUCGCGUUCCGAAAUUCAAUGCCUCUGCGAGAUGAUGUGCAGCAAAGGACUCCGUAAAUACAUUGUAACCCAUUUAUCAGACGUCUCGAAUCUACGAGAACAAGUCCCUGCGGCUCUAGAGCUUGCCCCAAAACCCGACAAAUUGGUUUUAGAUUGCAUUGGGAGGUUCUUUCUACAAGGAAUAAAGGCUUAUACGAAGGACUCGCCCAUGAUUCCGGCAAGGCAAGCUUCGGUUUUGGUGUUGGAGUUUUUCCUUUUGAUGAUGAGAGAUUUUCGCGGUAAGGGUCAGUUUAAAAUUGCGGCGGACCUUAAGGUAGAAGCGGAGAAAGGAGCUGCUGCAUGGCGAAAGAGGUUGAUUAGUGAGGGUGGUUUGGCUAAGGCCUGUGAAGUUGAUGCUAGGGGUUUGUUGCUUUUUGUUGCUUGUUUUGGGAUUCCAAAAGUGUUCCGGAGUGAGGAUUUGGGGAAUUUGUUGCGUUUGUGUAAUCUCAGGGCUAUUUCGGAUGCGUUAAAGGGCUCUCCUGUGCUUCCUGAUAAAAUGCCUGCUAUCAUAGAGGCUAUGGUGAAGAAUGGAAUGCAUGUUGAAGCUGUUGAUGUUGCUUCUAUCUUUGGGCUUGAGGAUAAAUUCUCCCCUAAGUCAAUUUUGACCUUGUUCUUGCAAGAGUCUACAAAAGCAUUCAAGAUGGCGAAACAGGAAGCACAAAAUUCCUCCGUGGCACUGAUAAAGGCUAAUGAAAAGCAAUUAGAUGCUCUGAAAUCCAUAGUCCACUAUUUGGAAGAUGGCAAUAAUGAUGUAACAAAGCUUCUUGCUGCAUGGCAAAUUGAAGAGAAGAUAGUCAAGUUGGAAGAAGAAAUUGCUGAGCUAAAUAAAAGAAUUGAGGACAAGAAAAUAAUACCAAAGAGAAAACUUGAUGAAAUGGGAUCCUCAAGUAGGGUUAAGAGUCAAGAAAUGAAGCGUUCACGAUUUGCCGCCAAAGGGUCACCCUUGCUGAAAUCUUCUCAUAUCAAUGGGUUGCAUGAGCAACGGACUGCUACUUUUGCUGAAGGCGUGAGGUCAUAUGAUUCUUUGGUUUCAAACUCUUAUUACACUGCUAUUUCUGGUAAUGUCACCAAUCAUCCCUCGGCUGUACCACAAGGAUCAACUAUAGGUUCUUUACCUGAAAAUGGAGUUGGCCAGAAGGUAGGAAUAACUGGUGUUGGAAGCAGUGGUAUGGUGGCAAGCAUCGGUGUCAUGUCAGCAAGUUCUUAUUCUGGGGCUCAUGGGGUGAUUAAUCCGCAAAUGAUUAGUAGCAGUGGUCUGUCUAAUGGAUGGCAACAAGGCUCUGUUGGGCAAUCUGCAUCCAUGAGGUUUGGUGGUUUCUUUGGGUCUUCACCAUCUGUAGAAGGCUUUGUUGGUGUGCCUGAUGCUACUGAUAGGUCACCAGCUGAUCUAUAUCGGUUUGCUGAUUCUAUAGGGGGAAAUGAGUUUUAUAGCAGUUCUUACAGGACUGGCACUUUGCCAACUGAUGCGCCUGUCAGUCAUUCAUCCUAUAUGUAUUAAUGAAAUUAAUAGUAUCUAGCUGUGUCCUUCAUUUUACUUCAUAGAUAGUUUCUGAUAGGGAGAAGUUGAAAGCCUUCUAUGUUUUUCUUUUGAACCAGGAGGGUACUCCAUGGCAUCUGCAAAACAUUCAAGUGUUUCUUCAGUUUUUACCUGUUUAUGUGAUCCCUAUGAAAGGCAAUUUGCUUCAGUUUAAAAGCUAUUCUCCGAAGUUAACUGCCCUUUUCCUAAGCCCACAAAUGAUCUAUUUGGUGUCUUCAUUUUCAAGGGGCAUGUUCUUGAAUAUGAGGUUAUAUACAGAAAUAUCAUGCCCUGCAGUUAAGGCCAGUUAUUGCAUGUCUACGUACUUUAAAAAUUUGUAA